AUGACCCACAGUUUGAGAAUUGCUGAAAUAGAGCAUCACAGCAAGGAAGAUGGAGAAGAGUCUCAGGGCAGUGACACAGCCCUGCUUAAUGCCUAUCUUCACCUUAAAAGGAGCUGUAGUAGAUUCAUUACAAAGGAUCACUGCUUGCUUGUCAUCAUGAAGGAGAUGAAGAAUAAUGACAAAUUUUGGUGGACAUCCAUACUUCAGAAGGAUUUCCCACAGUGCUACCCUGUUUAUAGAGUCAAAGGUGUUUGUCAGCUGGCGAGCAGUAAAGAUCAUGUCAGUAGUGCCUCUAGAUGGUCUAAACCCACACUGAGAUUCAGGAAGAAUGUCUUUGGCAAGAGGAAGAAGUCAGUUCGUGAGAAAUCUAGCAAGGACUUUGCUGAAAUUGCCAGCAGAUUCCUCUAUAAUUUCCACAGUGUUGGAGUUGCUGGUGUUUUAAAGUCUCCGUCAUUGUUGAGAAUCAUUCGCUUGGUGCAGAUUAUCCGAAUCCUGAGACUAAUACGGCAAGCCCAAGGAAUUAGAACUCUCCUUUUUACAUUAUUGAUGUCCCUUCCUGCUCUGUUCAGUAUUGGUCUCCUGCUUUUUCUGAUCAUGUAUAUUUAUGCUAUUUUGGGCAUGGCUCACUUUGCCUGCGCUAAUUGGGAUGGUGGGAUGGAUAACAUUUUCAACUUCCAAACCUUCGGUGGCAGCAUGCUCUGUCUCUUCCAGAUCACAACGUCAGCCGGCUGGGAUGGCCUUCUUAACCCUUUCUUAGGGACAAGAUCUGACUCUUGUGCUCCAAAUUUAAUUAUACAACCUAGAGACAAUACUUCUUGUGUAAAUAGCUCUGUAGCAAUUAUAUAUUUUGUAAGUUAUGUCAUAUCAUUUCUUAUUGUUGUAAACAUGUAUAUAGCUAUUAUUUUGGAGAACUUGAAUGUUGCUACUGAGGAAAGUACAGAGCCUUUAUGUGAAGAUGACUUUGAUAUGUUUUAUGAAAUAUGGGGGAAGUUUGAUUCUGAGGCGACUCAGUUUAUUGAGUAUUCGGCACUUUCAGACUUUGCAGAUGCUUUGGAAAAACCCUUACGUGUAUCAAAACCCAACAAAAUUCAGCUUAUAGCAAUGGAUCUUCCUCUCUUUAGUGGAGAUAGGAUCUACUACUGGGAUAUUUUGCUUGCUUUUAUCAAAAGAGUGUUAGGAGAAUCUGGGGAGAUGGACAAACUAAUGAUGGAGAAUAAGCUUAAGAUUGCCAUUCCAUCCAAGCUUGUUUAUAAACCAAUCACAACUACCCUUAGAAGAAGACAAGAGGAGCUUUCCGCCAUUAUUAUCCAAAGGGCCUUCCGGUCCCAUUUGAUUCAGUGUUCUACGAAACAGGGCUCUUUUCCAUACCAACACAGAACCUGUGACAGUAGCAUCUCAGAAAAAGAUGUAUCUGAGAAGGAACGUAGCCAGUUAGAUCACAAACUGCAUCUUCCAUUUCUUUCCCUCCAUCUUAUGAUCGUGUCACUGGGGCCACUAAUGAUAACUUGCAGGUGA